AUGGGUACCACCCCCCACUGGCUGUGCUUCCUGCUCCUGAGCGCAGCGCUCCUGCAUGCCACCUCAGAUGCCAUAGUUUCGACCAGAGAGAGCAUAACAGCAACCACUGCAAUAUCCACACAGGUCCCUUCAGGUGCCUCCCUCAGCCUGGUGAACGGCAGGAACCGCUGUGAGGGUCGGGUGGAGAUUUCCCACCCCGAGGGCCGCGGCACCGUCUGCGAUGAUGGCUGGGACCUGAAAGCUGCCCAGGUGGUGUGCAGGCAGCUGGGAUGUGGCUUUGCUCUUUCUGCACCAUCCAAUGCCUACUUUGGACAAGGCUCUGGCAACAUCUACCUGGACGAUGUGAACUGCACGGGGCACGAGUCCUCCCUCUUCCAGUGCUGGCACCGUGGUUGGGGCGUCCACAACUGUGGCCACAGCGAAGAUGCUGGCGUCGUGUGCUCAGUGCUGGGUUGCUUUGCCACCUUUCCCCUCUCUGCUCCUCUCCAAGGUGCCUCCCUCAGCCUGGUGAACGGCAGGAACCGCUGUGAGGGUCGGGUGGAGAUUUCCCACCCCGGGGGCCGCGGCACCGUCUGCGAUGACGGCUGGGACCUGAAAGCUGCCCAGGUGGUGUGCAGGCAGCUGGGAUGUGGCUUUGCUCUUUCUGCACCAUCCAAUGCCUACUUUGGACAAGGCUCUGGCAACAUCUACCUGGACGAUGUGAACUGCACGGGGCACGAGUCCUCCCUCUUCCAGUGCUGGCACCGUGGUUGGGGCAUCCACAACUGUGGCCACAGCGAAGAUGCUGGCGUCGUGUGCUCAGUGCUGGGUUGCUUUGCCACCUUUCCCCUCUCUGCUCCUCUCCAAGGUGCCUCCCUCAGCCUGGUGAACGGCAGGAACCGCUGUGAGGGUCGGGUGGAGAUUUCCCACCCCGGGGGCCGCGGCACCGUCUGCGAUGACGGCUGGGACCUGAAAGCUGCCCAGGUGGUGUGCAGGCAGCUGGGAUGUGGCUUUGCUCUUUCUGCACCAUCCAAUGCCUACUUUGGACAAGGCUCUGGCAACAUCUACCUGGACGAUGUGAACUGCACGGGGCACGAGUCCUCCCUCUUCCAGUGCUGGCACCGUGGUUGGGGCGUCCACAACUGUGGCCACAGCGAAGAUGCUGGCGUCGUGUGCUCAGUACAUUUAUUUUCCUUUGUUUUUUUUCCAGCUGGGAAAUAUAACUGUGGUGGCUUCCUCUUUAAUCCCUCUGGUACAUUCCAGAGUCCUUUGUACCCUUCCAACUACCCGGAGAAUGCAGAUUGUUUGUGGCAGAUCCAAGUGGCCAAUAACUUCCGCAUUAGGCUCACCUUUGCAAGUGUUCAGCUGCAGGGUGGGUGCCAGAAUGACUACAUCGAGGUCUACGAUGGACUACCCAACACUUCUCCUCUGCUUGGAAAAGUUUGCUCUAGUUCUCGCCCCACUUACACAUCAUCCUCAAACCUCCUGACUGUCAGGUUUCACAGUGACUCCAGAUACUCCAGUCGAGGGUUCCAUGCUGAGUAUCAGUCCUUUCCAGCAGACCAGACCUCCACCCUGGUGUGCCAGUCGAGCUCCAUGCGCGCGGCGCUGGACAGACGCUACCUGGAGCUCCAGGGCUACUCGGUGUGGAACGUCAGCCUGCCUGACUCUGCCUGCAGGCCAACCAUCACAGCAGCUGAGGUGGCCUUCAGCAUCCCCUACAACCGAUGUGGCACCCGCAGAGAGGGCAACGGUGAAACCAUCACUUACUCCAACGUGAUCAGAGUGCCUGCUCCUGGUGACCUCAUCAAGAGGAGACAGGACCUUCACUUCCACAUCCACUGCAAAAUGCUGCAGAACAGCUGGGUGCAGGUCAUGUACGUUGCAGAUGACGUCAUGGACGUCAGCCAAACCCAGUACGGCAGAUACGACGUGAACCUGACCUUCUACAACUCCUCAUCCUUCCUGUGGCCCGUGCAGAGCUUCCCAUACUACGUCGACCUGAACCAGAAUUUGUUCCUUCAGGCUUCUCUUCACAGCUCUGACACGAACCUGCUGCUGUCCGUGGACACGUGUGUGGCGUCGCCUGACCCUGACAACUUUGAAACAGGAACCUACCAACUGAUCAGCAGUGGGUGCGUUAAGGACCCAACCUACUCCUCUUACUACUCCCCGCAGAGCACCACCGCUCGCUUCGCUUUCAGCGCCUUCUCCUUCGUGAGCCGGCACCCGGCCGUGUACCUGCAGUGCCAGCUGCUGGUGUGCCGCUACGGCGACUACGCCUCCCGCUGCUACCAGGGCUGCGUCAGCAGGCUCAGGAGGAGCACAGACUCUUCUCAUCGGACAGUGAACGUCGUGGUGGGGCCCAUCAAGCUUCGGGAAGGUGUGGCGCAGAGCAGGAGGGCUGAGCUGCUCUCUGACACCGAGGUGGAAGCGGAGUCCGAGCGCGCAGCGCCUGCUGCUGGCUCCCAGGCUGCUGCGGUGGCUGUGGGCGCCGCGGUGCUGGCAGCUGCUCUGCUCACGGCAGGAGGGCUUCUUCUGAAGCGCAAGCUGCGGGAGCCUGUCCCUUACCAGAUCAUCUCUGCAAUGAACCUUCUCCAGCUGGCGAACGGAAGGCACAGAUGUGAAGGUCGAGUGGAGAUUUAUUACAGAGGACACCUGGGAACAGUUUGUGAUGAUUACUGGGACCUUUCUGCUGCCCAGGUCGUGUGCAGGCAGCUGAGGUGUGGCCAGGCCAUUGCAGCUCUGGGCAGCGCUUACUUCGGGCCAGGCUCGGGCCCCAUCCUGCUGGACAACGUGAGGUGCAGGGGAGAUGAGGUCUCCUUGGCACGCUGCAAUCACUCUGGCUGGAGGGUGCACAACUGCGCCCACUACGAAGACGCCAGCGUUGUCUGCUCAGGCCCAGGCAGCCGCCUGCGUCUCUCCGGCGGGCGGCACGGCUGCGAGGGACGCGUGGAGCUGAGCGACGGCCGCGAAUGGGGCACGGUGUGCGACGACUCCUGGGACCUGCGCGACGCCCAGGUGGUGUGCCAGCAGCUGGGCUGCGGCCAUGCCCUGGCCGCCCCGGGCAGCGCUCGCUUCGGCCUCGGCUCCGGGCGCAUCUUGCUGGACGACGUCGAGUGCCACGGGGAAGAAGCCUCCCUGCAGCUGUGCCGGCACCACGGCUGGGGCCUGCACAACUGCGGGCACCACGAGGAUGCCAGCGUCGUCUGUGCAGGUGCCCGCCUGCGUCUCUCCGGCGGGCGGCACGGCUGCGAGGGACGCGUGGAGCUGAGCGACGGCCGCGAAUGGGGCACGGUGUGCGACGACUCCUGGGACCUGCGCGACGCCCAGGUGGUGUGCCAGCAGCUGGGCUGCGGCCAUGCCCUGGCCGCCCCGGGCAGCGCUCGCUUCGGCCUCGGCUCCGGGCGCAUCUUGCUGGACGACGUCGAGUGCCACGGGGAAGAAGCCUCCCUGCAGCUGUGCCGGCACCACGGCUGGGGCCUGCACAACUGCAGGCACCACGAGGAUGCCAGUGUCGUCUGUGCAGGUGCGUGGGCAAGCCUCUCGGUGCCAACAAAUUCUUCAUCUUAUUUUUGUGGUGGCUCAACCUCAAAUUCCUCUGGGGUGCUGCAGAGUCCCUUCUACCCUGGAAGCUACCCAGACAACGCUGACUGCGUGUGGGAAAUACAAGUAGAGAACAAUUUCCGAGUCCUGCUCACCUUCAGAGACAUUGAGAUGCAAGGUGGUGGAUGCCAGCAUGACUACCUUGAGCUCUAUGAUGGGCCUCUCCACUCAUCCCCACUCCUGGGGAGGCUUUGCUCUGGCUCCCUUCCCACAUACACAUCCUCUUCGAACAUGAUGACCGUUCGCUUUCACAGCGAUGCUAGGCACAGCUUCAGAGGCUUCCAGGCUCACUACGCCUCCAUCCCAGCAGAUCACAACACAACCCUUCUGUGCUUACCAGACUACAUGCAUGCCGUGGUGAGCAGAGACUACCUGCAGUCUCAAGGCUACUCGGAGCAGAUGGUCACCCUGGAGGACAGAGGCUGCAGACCCACAGUCACCGCGCGAGAGGUUAUAUUCAACAUCCCCUACAGCGGCUGUGGGACCACGCGAGAGGAGAGCAAUGACACAAUCAACUACUCCAACGUGAUCCGAGUCACGUCUUCUGGCCACAUCAUCAGGAGGAGAAAGAAUAUCAACUUGCACAUCAGCUGCAAAAUGCUCCAGAACACCUGGAUGCAAGUGAUGUAUGUGGCCAAGGACACAGUGGAGGUGGACAAGAACCAGUUUGGAAGCUACGACAUAAACAUCACCUUCUAUGACUCCCCCUCCUUCGUGCGGCAAGUGCGAGACUCUCCCUACUACAUCGACCUGAACCAAAAUCUGUACCUCCAAGCUCAUCUUCACAACUCUGACCCCAACCUGGUCGUGUUUGUGGACACCUGUGUGGCAUCUCCUGACCCGUACAGUUCUAACGCCGUGACCUAUGACAUAGUCAGGGAUGGAUGCCCUAGAGACCCCUCCUACACCACGCUGUACUCCCCCUACAGCCACUUUGCUCGGUUCAAGUUCAGCGCCUUUGAGUUCCUCAGCCGCCACCCGGCUGUGUACCUGCGCUGCCAGCUGGCGGUCUGCGGGCGCUGGGACCGCUCCUCCCGCUGCUACCGGGGCUGUGUGAGCAGGACCAAGAGAGACACAGGCUCCGCUGAGGAGAAAGUCAGCGUCGUUGUUGGACCACUUCGGCUUCGAGAAGGGGUUGCUCAGAGAGGGAGUACUGGGCCGGACCCUCCCGCGCCUCCUGCCCACGAUCUCGCCGCCGCCGCUGACAAGCCUCUGGCACCGCUCGUGGCCGCCGUCGCCCUCCUGGCAGUUGUUGUCUUUGUUCUUGCUGGGUUCCUUGCAAGACCUGCUCUGAAGACAUCUCUCUCACGUGAGACAAUGUGA